GGAUCUCAGUUCUGGUUCUGGAGCAGCCCAGCACUUCAGGACCAGGAUUGAGAACAUUGUAUGGUGUAAAGUGCCACUGAGUGCUAUAAGUGGAUUGGGUUUUAAACCCUAACCCUCUGAAUCGCUCCUCUCCAGGGUUUAGAUUACAGCAGAUCAAAAGGACAGUAUGGCCACCACUGUCGCAGUCAGCCCCAGUGAAUAUCUUCAGCCCUCCACCACCGCUUCUCAAGAUUCACAGCCUUCCCCACUGGCACUUCUGGCGGCUACCUGCAGUAAGAUCGGGCCUCCUGCCGCCCAGGCACCAGUUAGCACACCACAAUCUCAGCCAACCACGCGCCGUCUGCACCCCAUCAAGCCCGCCCCUAUUGCUCCGGCUCCACCCAAAAACCUUGGCUUCCUCUCAGCGAAAGGAAAUGUCAUCCAGCUGCCUGCGGGACUUGGUUCGUCAGGGGCCAGUCCCAUUGUCUUCACUAUUCAGAGCCCUUCACGUCCAGCAGGCACAUCCAAUGCCAACAUCCAGUACCAAGUGAUCCCUCAGUUCCAGGGGUCUCAGACCAUUCAAAUGAUGCCUCAGGGAGGACAGAUCCAGAUCAUCCCCGGAACCAACCAGGCCAUUUUCACCUCACCUGUCACAGUUCAGGCUGCCACACCGGCCCCGCCUCCUCUGGCCCCAGCACCGGUAUCCCAUCAUAAGACGGUGGCGAUCAAGCCGUCCUCCCAAAAGCGGCGGCAGAAUAAUGCCAAUGUAAAUUCUAACGUUGUACGACUCCCUAGUGGACUCACGCUCCCUCUUAACGUUACUACUGGUGAUGUGGGAGGAGCGCAUAUUGUAACAGAGACUGCUGCUGCUCCAGUGAAGGGCAAGAGGGGAAGGAAGAGACAGGUGGCUAUAGCCCCGCCCCCCCCUGCCCAUCAACCGGCCUCACCUCCACCUGUAGCCGAGCAGGUUGAAGCGCUGCUAAUAGAGACCACAGCCGACAACAUUAUACAAGCAGGAAAUAAUCUCCUGAUCGUGCAGAGUCCAGGGGGGAGUCAGCCUGCUAUGGUGCAGCAGGUGCAGUUGGUUCAGCAGAAAUCCGAUCAGCAGGUCGUCCAGAUCCCUUCGCAGGCUCUAAAAGUGGUACAGGCCGCCUCUGCCACACUUCCUCCUGUACCACAGAGACAGACAGUCACGCCCACUGUGCAGGUGUCCCCCCCAGAAUCCACACAGGUGCUGAUUAAAACAGCCUCAGGUGAAUGGCAGGCUGUACAGCUACAGGAGACCACUGUGUCCACGCCAACAACACCCACCAGCACCCUCACAUCUGCGAUGGUCACUAAAAAGGCUCAAACAGGGUCAAGGAAAGAAAGGACUCUGCAUAAAAUUGCCCCGGCUGGGGGGGGUCUGAUAACCCUGAAUGCAGCCCAGUUAGCUUCUGCUGCUCAGGCUGUUCAGACCAUCAAUAUUAAUGGUGUCCAGGUGCAGGGUGUUCCUGUAACAAUCACCAACGCUGGGGGCCAGCAGCAUCUCACAGUGCAGACGGUUCCAGGCGCAGGUCUGCAGUUGAGCGGUGUGCAGACACAAACACAGACCAUGCAGAUGGAGCAAACGCAGACACUCGCACUGGAACUGCAGAGUCAGCCAGGAGAGAAAAAACGGCGUAUGGCCUGCACCUGUCCAAACUGCAAAGACGCAGAAAAGAGGCCAGGAGAGGUGGGGAAAAGAAAACACAUCUGCCACAUAGCAGGCUGUGAAAAGACCUUUCGAAAGACGUCCCUGCUGCGGGCGCAUGUCCGACUGCACACGGGAGAGAGACCCUUUGUGUGCAGCUGGGUCUUCUGUGGAAAACGAUUCACACGCAGUGACGAGCUCCAGCGACACGCCAGGACACACACGGGAGACAAACGUUUUGAGUGCAAUAAGUGUCAGAAACGUUUCAUGCGGAGCGACCACCUCACAAAGCAUUACAAAACACACAUCAACACAAAGAGCCUGUGAACAUCAUCUUUCACAGGGUUUCAGGAACUUUGGGGGGAUAAAUAAGAAAAACGCUCUUCCCGGGGCUUGAAGGAUGGGAGGAAACAGAGAGGUCAACCCCCCUUCACGUGUACGACAAAGUUACCUGUUUAUACCAGCUGUUUCAGGGUAGACUACACUCCCGCUGUCCACUUUUUUACUCGCUCUUAUUGUCAGAGGAAGGCUGGCAGGCCGUAAAGUGCGGCCCUCACCUGAGAUUCACGAAGAACAUGGGUGCCAAUUGUGUCUUGGUGCGGAAAGGACGUCUGUCUCAGCACCAACAGACACUCCAGCCAAGAAAAGAAGAAAAU